AUGGGACUGCCUUUGCCCCCCCAUAUCAAGAUACGUAUGUCCGUCGUCCUGAUGCCACUGCUGCUACUGCAGCUGCUACAUCUCGUCGAGGUGCUCGUCGUCCUCUCCCCACCGCCGCCACCGCCGCUGCUCCCCCUCAUCGCGGGCCCACUCAGGUUCAAUUGGAACGCUCAAAAAUUAUUAAUGCCCUCGAAGAUGCCGGGGUUGAGGUCCCGGAGGGGGUUCUACCCCCCCCGGGACCUCACCGAAGGCCAAAAGUUAAGAAAGAAGGAGUUGAGAGAAGAGAUAGCACGACUCAAGGAAAGAGAACGUGAACACAAUGAAGCUCUCCGUGUGAAGACCGAGCAAUGGGACACUGCCCGCAAAGGGCUAGUGGAUGCUGUAGAACGCCAUGACUCUGAACGCGCCGAGUCGUUUGCGCCCGACUACCAGUUGUCCAAAGAGUUGGACGAGCAGAUCAAGUCCGCUGUCGCGGAAAUCAAAGGUCUCGAGCACAACAUCUUCUUCACCCGUUUUACUGCAUGUAUUUAG